GACGUCAUCGACAAAUAAACAUGGCCGACUCCGCUGUGCAGUCUGUAGGUGAAGUUAGUUCCAAUGGAAAUGCCCCAGUAGUUUUUCCAAAAUUGGAGAAAUUGUCUCGAGAUGAUAUUUGCUUUCGAGUUUUUCCAGUUCUUGGAGGGCUGAGUUAUGGAUAUUUUUCAAUACAUAUUAUGAACUCGUCGUGGUUUAAAAGCAUAUUUCCAAGCCAUGAAGUGGUGGCCAACAGUUUUUGGUUCAAUGCCCAUUUGGGAGUGGGUCUAUAUCUCUUUGGAAGCCAGCACCUGCGACAUGCACCAGUUAACCGUCGCAUAUUAUAUAGUGUUUUUGGUUCUUUUCUUUUCAACUUUGGGUCUGUAUUGUUUUGGGCAACAUGCAAGUCACUUUUGCCAGAGAGACCUAGUUUGCGGGCAGUCUUUGGCCUUUUAUCAGGUUUUGUUCUGCUUUAUGUUGGUAGGGAGUAUGUGGAGUUUAUUGACAGCCAAAGACAAGAGGCAUCUUCAUAAAUGUAUAAACUCAGUAAUCAUAUGGCUGCUUCUGUUUAAAUCUGUUUAAUUGUCACUUCUGAAUCCUUGAAUACUAAGUCAUUAUAACUGCAGAUAGUAUAUGAGUUCAAGGAGUUUCUAGUCUGAUGAGCACUAAAAUCAGGUUAAACACAGAGAAAUCACUUUUUAUGAUAAUGAACAAAGUAGAACUGAUCACUUGGAUUUUUGAAUUUUUAUUAUGCUGCUAGAACCAUAUUUUAUUGUUUAGUAGUUAUUUAUUUAAAAAAAAGGGAUCUUAAUGUGAAGCACAGUCUAGUUUUUUUUUUCCCUACUUUUUGAUGAUUUGAGUUAGUGAUAUAGUGAUGUGGUUUAAAAUGUCAGUAUUUAUGAGGAUUGUUCUUAUGUCAUCUUAUUCUUAUAGUCUAUGUAGUCUGCAAAACGGCAUUGGCAAAACUUAAGUUGUUAGAUUUGAGAAAAUAAUAUUAAUAGAGAGGGGGGAUAUUUGUUUUGAGAGGAACAUUUGUCUUAUAUUUUUGUUUUUUUAGAUUUAUCUGAACGACAGUGGCCUAGAGAGCCUUGAAAUAGGAAGUUUUUUCUGGAAAAAUGAAAAUGUUUGGCUAAUUUGGAGAAUUUUUACAUGAUUGUCAUCAUUUGUUCAUUUGGUGCAUGAAACACAUUUAAUUAUGAAACAUUUCAAGAAAUCCUAGAAAAGCCAUACUAACUAUUUAUGUGCAGCAGUUGCAGGGAUUUCAACUGGGAUUUAGCAAAGGACGAAAAUGAUAAUGAAAUAUAUUUUUGAAUGAAGCCAAUGUAGUCUUGAAGAAAACUUGAGAAGAUACAAACCUCCAUAAAGAUUUUUCUCAGAAGCUAAAUUGAAAAAUUUUUUUUCUUGAUCUUUUAUGUUUUGAUAAUGCAGAAGUGUAUUCAGAUGGUACCAGAAGAUUUGUCUGAAUUGCAUUGUAGAUUUUUGCAGUGCGUUAAGUUUAUAUUGACAUAAUGUGCUUUCUUUUAAGAACUUAGCAAAACAUGAUUGCAUAAUAUUGUGGCAAUAUUUUUCCAGAUCUCUGUAAUUGUUGAUGAUCUGAUCUGAUUGUUUGAAAGACAAGCUUUUUAUAAAAAAAGAUUUCCUUGAGAAAUUUUUCCAGUUUUCAGGUAGAAGAAACAGUUGAAUAAUGUAAUAUAACAUUUUUUGAAAAUGUUACUUUGUUGUGAUUAGAAAAUUUAAUCAUUGCAGUGAUUGUUAGGUAAUUUGAAAAAUUGCUGCUUUUAUAUCUUUGUAGUAAGAUACUAUCUCUUUUUCUUUUGAUCACUGCUAAAGAGCUUACAAAAGCAAAACAUUUGUUUGGGGGUGGAGGGGAGAGAACAAAAGAGUAAUUAGAGCUUUAGCACACCAAAUAGAGCCUAUGAACAAAGACAUGCAAAAAAAAUCUUGCAGAAAAAAUGCAGAAGGCAACUAAUUUUUAUAAAAGUAAUCUGUGAGGUUUGUAGCCUUCAUUGGUUAUGAAUCAGAUCUGACUCUUGAUGUGAGAUAAUGUAUAGAAAUAGAGCCUAACAAGAAAAAUAAGAUGCUGUUACAAAAUCAUUGCUUGGGCAAGCUAUGCAGAUUGUAUUUAGGAUUAUUUUACUUCAGGCUGUUGGUCAGUGCUGCAGACAGUAAUGACAGUUAUGACUAAAACUCAGUAAGUAUUUUUAUAGAUAAUUGUGUGCAGACUAUGAAAAGUGCAUUUAUUGAUAAUAUGCCACACCAACAGCACAAAUGCCAAAUUUAUGUAUAAUCCACAGAUAUGACUAUUGUCAGAUUGUGUGUCAGAUUCAGCUUACUAUGUGAAGGCCUACAAAAAUAAUUGAAUGUCAUAUGUUGAGAAUCAGUUUGCUAACAUGAACAUAUUCUGUUACCAUAUUUUGCUUGUUAUACUGUUAUGAAGUCCUUUAUCCUCUUGUAAAAGCAAAGUUUAUAACAUUUAUAAAAUUUACUCUUUUUGAAUCUUUAUUUAUCUGAAAAUGGAUGGAUCUGAAACUUACAAAUAAUUUUAAUAUGUUUGUUUUAUCUGCAUUAUAUCCAUUUUUGUUUGUUUUUCCAUAGAGACUGAAAUCUCAUCUAUCGAGAAAAGACUUUUUCUUUGAAAUGUGCUCUGUACUUCAUAUUUUAAUAUAGUUGAUAAGUCCUCACUUUUUUGUGAUGGGACAUAGAUGUCUCAGUUAGCUGUAUGCUAGCAAUGUUUUUGAAAUCUUGUAUGAAGAGUUUUGAGAACUCUUUCUUUGGUCCUGUUUGGAGUCCCAUAUAAUAUCAUGCUUCAACAUAACCUCUCAUGUUUGACCUAUUUUCAGGAGGUGAUGGAUAACUCGAAUGACAUGCAACGUAGUCUAAAUUAGCAAGUGAGAUAUGUUUGUGAGAAAAUGGAGUUUUAUAUAGAUGAUGCAUCAAUAAAUAUUAUUUAAAUCAGUCUCAGAGUGAAAUGUACAGAUAUGUCUUAUGAAUUUAUUUAUAAAUCAGUCGAAAAAUGUUGGUUGAAAAAUAGUAUUGGGAAUUAUUCAAAAGCAGUGGAUGUAAACACUUUUUAAAUGCUGUUUGCUGUCCAGUUAAUUGAUUAUCAGUUGUCUGCAAUAUAUUUGACUUGGUUUGUGUUUGCUUUCAUGUCAAUGUUUUUGUUUAAAGGGUGGGUGGUGGCAUGUGUGUGCAGUCUAGCACUAUUUUAAUACUGCAUGCUUUGUGAAUUUUCAUUGUUGAUGAAUACUGCUCCAAAUUGGUCUGAAGGGCAAGAUCUGUUAGAGAUAUUACUGUGACAGGCAUUGUCAAAAACCAUUGUAAAAAUAUUCUCCUAAUGAUCACAUCUCUGCAUCUUGAAUUGCAAACACUGUGUUAAAUAUUUGGGUAUUAUGGUACUUUUUUCUUCUCUCUUGUAUAUUGAAGGGCUAUCUAACCUCCUUUUUAUAUGAAUAAACCUUUGAAGAGUUGGGAAAAAACUCAACACCAAUCCAUUUCUAAAAUCUUAUCCACUCUUAUUAAAACAGGUCAUGAUGAAUAACCUUGUGUCCUAAACUACCAUGAGAAAAGUGCUCAUCAUGCUUGCAGAAUUUAUGUUGUUAAUUACAGCAUAAAGAGCUUUUAAAUCGGCAUAUGUGCAUUUUGUUUUGAGCAGAUUCUUUAUUCUUUUCAAUUUUUUUUUAAUUUUGAGAAAAGUAUGGAGCAAUGGUAGUAGUGAAAAAAGGGCAUAAUUUCACAGACACUUGUCAUUACCUCACAGGGUCACCUGAAAUCGCAUAAUCAUAGUUUUUUAAAGGUUAUAUUUAUAAUAAUAUUAUUAGACAAGUUAGAGCCUAAACUUGGUGGCAAUACUGACCUUAACUCAGUAGAUGCUAACAAAUUCUUCAUAAUUGUUCUAUUAAUGUGGAGUGACCAAAGGUCACAUGAUUAUGGUCCCAUGCAGGGUUCACUGUGUUAAAUCUGAUCCAGACAGUAAUUUUUUAUCAGUCAUAACCUGGAAGAAAAAAAUUUAAAAGUAAACUGUUUUGAGAUGACAUAACACUUGGAAGGAGAAAAACAAAAGCCCAUUCAUAAAAAAGUAAAGGUCGCAGUGAAGUUGGUGGCAAUAAAAGUUCUCUGAUCAGCAAAGAUUAGCAGCACAUCAAUUGGUCUGCAAAUAUACUAAUUGUGAUAAAACUUGCCAGUAAUGCAAAACAUGCUUCCUAAUUUUUUUCUUAAUAAUUUUUUUUUCUAAAACUGCUGUGAAUUGAAAUGUUUUAGUAGAACAAAAGAAAUGUUCAGUGUAACCAAUGACUGGUGCUAAAUACUAAGAGCACAAAGGAAUUAAAACCUGGUGAAAUGCCAAGAAAUGAUUUUGUGCCAAAGUUUGCGAGUCCCAUAAUUGACUGUUGUAGGUUGUCUGAUGUCUCAUUCAUGUUUUUGCCCUUGUGUGUUACUAAAGAUAGCCAUGCUUUUCAAAAUAUCUUCUUAUUGAUGCAGCAUUUUAAAUCCUUGUCAUUUUAGAGUGUUAUUAUUUCUCCAGUUCAGCUUUAUUUUCCCCAUCAUGUCUAAUGACAUGUUUUUUUAUUGCUGAUAUAACUUUUGCUGUGAUGAUUUUUGUUAACACCUUUAUAGCCAGUCGUUUUGACUCUUAAAUACUGUGACAUUAUAAGCACUUGAAUGUAUCUGUCCAGAAGAUAUGCUAUACCUAAUCUAGAUUUUAAAAAACUUACCAGAUUUUUGUAUUACUUCUGCUGGACUAAUUGUCCUAGAGAUUAUGUUGGACUGAGUAAUUGUCUAGGGAUUAUUGUCUUUAAACCUCUUGCAAUGCUGCUGUUCUCUUUUGUCCCCUGGCUGGUACCAGUUAGUGGGAGCAUAUGGAUGGAUGUGGCCUCUGAAUUGACCUGCCACUCAUGCCUAUCUUGGACGAAAGCGAGCAGCUCUUUGCACAAACAGUCCAUUCCUUUACAUUUAUAAGCUAGUUCUUGCUCUGGCCACUGCAGUGCCCACCUCCCUCCAAGGAAAGAACAGUCUUCAACAAACUCUCGUUGGAUCAAGUGGCCAGACAUGACCAGUGUGCACUGCUUGCAAGUAGGGGUUCCAGAUGUCCUAUGAGUGUGGCAACCAUUUUUCAGUCUUAUGGUCAUUGGUCCUGUACAAGAUGCAUAGCAGCCUCCUCAGGCACUUGCUCUUGAAUGCCUGUAUCCUCUUCUUCAUGUUGGUGAGCAGAGUCUAUGUUUCACAUCAGUAAAGCAGGAUUGGUACCACCAGUGACUUUUACAGGUUGUACUUGAUAGUAAACCUGAUGUUGCUGUGCUGAACCCUGUCCAGCCUAGCCGUUGCCACUGUUGCUGUCAUGACUUAGAUAUCUGUCUUGGGCUGCCAUCUUUGGAGAGGCUGGCUUCCAAGUACUUAUAGCUGUUUACCUGUUAGCAGUACUUCACUCCGUAUCUGCUUUGCCAUUGCCAAUAACCACAACUUUACCUGCCAUUGCUGGUCUCCAUUCCAUAUACAGUCAACUGUCGAUUGGUAAGGUCUUGAAGUUCUUUCUCUGUUAUUCUUUCAGAUUGAUGGGUUUCACACAUGAAAUUCUCCAAAAAGAUGCUGAACAGCACAAGACAUAGGGGCACCCUUGAUGGGCGCCUGCUGUUUUGAGAAAGAAAGCUGAUUAUCAAGCAGGACUGCACUCUCAUUCAGCACUUCGAUGACUUGCACAAGACCCUCUUUGAUGUUGAAUUUUUGCAUCAUGUGUGAUAACCCCAUUUGAAAGUAUAAGUUGUUGAUGAAUAAGUCUUGCUGAUGAUGCAUCAAGAUUUUAAGAACUGCUCAGCAGUGAUCCUGCCUGGUCUGAAGCCACCCUAUUCUUCUACUAGCACUUUCUCAGCAGCGGCACUGAUGCGAUUCUGUAUUACUUUUAGCAUGACUCUAGUUGAGCAUGGCUGCUGUACUGCGAAUAGUUGACAUUUAGGUUUCUUGUCACAAAGUCAGGCGACACUUUAAAUAUCAGGAAUGGGUUGGUGGAAAAUUUGAAAGCAUACAACAGCAGAAAUUUUUCACAUGUGAAGCUUUUGCUUAAGUGACAAUUUGAAGCUGCUGUUGUAAAAAUUUUUCUUUUAACGUGAUGGAUUAGCUUUUAGUGGCAGCUAUUGUCCAUCUUUCACACAGUAGAACAUUUGUACAUAUUGGUGCAAUAUGCCUGUACCAUUUCUGUAAAAAAAAUAAAUGCUGCCAAUGUCAGUUUCUGUAUUGAUGUGCAACAAUAAAUGCUGUGAUGCUGAAAAAA